CUCUACGAUUCACCGGUGGUGAAGGACGGCGGCGCCAUUUUGCGACUGAAAGCCUGGAACCACCCUUAAGGAACAAUGUACCCCAACGCGUUGACACAGUUGGCGCGGGCGAACCCCUUCAGCGCGCCCCUGUUCACUCUACAAAAAGCCGAGGAGCCAUCACAAAGCCUUGCUGCCGAACAUGGACCAAGCAAACGCACAUUGGCUGCCGCUGCAGUGGCCGAUUCUGAUGUUAGCUGCGAGUUUGGCUCUAGGAAAUACUAUGCCUUGUGCGGCUUCGGCGGCAUCCUCAGCUGCGGGAUCACACACACGGCGGUCGUUCCCCUUGACCUGGUCAAGUGCCGUCUGCAGGUGGACCCAGACAAGUACAAGAGCAUCUUCAAGGGUUUCUCCAUCACCAUUAAGGAGGACGGCAUGAGAGGGCUGGCUAAGGGCUGGGCUCCCACCUUCAUUGGUUACUCCAUGCAGGGUCUCUGCAAGUUUGGCUUCUAUGAGGUGUUCAAGAUCACCUACAGCGACAUGAUCGGAGAGGAAAACACCUACCUGUGGAGGACCUCUCUCUACCUGGCUGCGUCUGCCAGUGCGGAGUUCUUCGCUGACAUCGCCCUGGCCCCCAUGGAGGCGUGUAAAGUGCGUAUCCAGACGCAGCCUGGCUACGCUAACAACCUCAGACAGUGUGCCCCCAAGAUGUUCGCCGAGGAGGGACUCUGGGCGUGAGUACCCUACUGAAUCAGCC